AUGUUGUCGGCUCGGAGUGUAAGCAAAAAUGACGAGUGCGUCACGCCCGGAGGUAUCACAGGGAAGUGUGUUUUGGUGCGCGAGUGCGAAUACUUGCGAGAUAUUCUAAGGAAGCAAAAUCAUGCACUUAACGACACGGAAUACGUGGAGAAACUGAGGUGUGGCUUGGCGGAUGGUCGACUUCCACGCGUGUGUUGCCCUCGGAUGACAAACGAUCCACUGUGCGGGCCAAUUUCAUUUCCCGACCGUAUUCUUGGGGGCAAUGAAACGACGAUCGACAAAUUUCCUUGGCUGGUUCUGUUGGGGUUCGAGGCGCGCAAUAAAAAGAUUCACACCAACUGUGCCGGGUCGCUGAUCGGUGGCUCGUUCGUGUUGACGGCUGCUCAUUGUUUUUCUGAGGCUCGGAAGAAACGUUACAGGCUUACGUGGGUGCGCGUGGCUGAAUGGAACUUCCGGAGUCAUCGAGGGAACAAAGACUGCAAAAAGCAACCAAAUAGUAAUAGUACCAUCUGCCGAAGGGACUAUGAAGUGGCAGGCUACAGUAUACAUCCGGCUUACAAGGUUAACUCGGCGGUGCAUAUCAACGAUAUCGCGAUCAUCAAGCUGGUGAUGGACGUGGAGUUCAACGAGUUCGUGAAGCCCAUUUGUCUGCCCCUGGACGAUGCCCAACUUCCUCAGCCUGACGGGUUGCCCAUGGACUACGUAGCAUCCGGCUGGGGCUCCACAUCCACAGGGUCCGGAAUGAGCUCCAAGCUGAUGACCAUCAAUCUGCCAUGGUUCGAUAGCGAACGCUGCAAGCGACUGUUUCCGGUGCCGAGUGGGGAAAGUAUUAGCGAGGCUCAUAUUUGCGCCGGCGGCAUUCGCGGGCAGGACACGUGCCAUGGGGACUCCGGUGGUCCGCUGAUGUUUGAGCACGCCGGUGCAACGUACCUGGUCGGCAUCAUCAGCUUCGGGAUGCCCAAGUGCGGCAAGGACGGUGUACCCGGCGUCUACACGAACGUGACGCACUAUCUGAACUGGAUACAGUAUGAAGUAUUCCGUGGCGUCUUAGUGUAA